UCAAUUUUACAGACAAAAUCAUAUGACUCCAUAUUCAGGUUCACGUGGGAUGAGCUUAACAAAGAAAUACAAAUUAGAGCUCCAAACAUGCUCCAGAUAGUUUCAUCUAUUAUCAGCGAUACAGUCAUUCCUCCUACAGAAAAGAAGUAUGUGCACUUAAUGAAUACUGUUGCAACUGCUCUCCAUGGCCGAAGUGACCAGAUGUCAUGCUUACAAUAUCAGGUCGGAUUCAUCUUGACUCACGGAGCUUGUAAACAAAGAGAUAUUGACAGAUUGGCUAAACUUGGAUUGUGCACGACUUCAAAGUCCAUUUCUAAGAAACUUUCAUCAUGGGAAGCGUUUCUAGAUUCAGAAAUACUUGAUAUCAAGAAGAAUUGGAGUGAAGGCGGAGAAUUGAAAUACCAAUUGAUAGGUGAUAAUUGGGACAAGAAUAUUAUCCCCACAUACCGCACCUCCCAAAGCAAAACCAUUUCAUUACAUCUCUUCAAUGUGAUAGCAGUUGUAGAUAGGGUGAUUCCAAGCACUUCAUUGGAGGCAGAUGAGGUGGUCCAUAUGUCUGCAGUCAACUUUAUUCCAUCUUUAGAUGAUCAGGCUUUGCUCUUGGAAGAAUUGACAUUCCUAAUGGCCACAUCAGUAAUUCAAAACUUGGACCAAAUGCAUGACAUCUUUGAGCAUAUCUAUCCAAAGCAUUUGAAACAUAGAUACAGUGACUUUUCUGGCAUUAAAACAAAGCAGUACUCCAUAGGAUUGUUCGACUGCAACGAGAAUAAGACUCAAGAUGUUAUCCAGUUAUUGAAAGGCUUGACCGAGAAAUAUGUUCCCAUGAAAGAUGGAGAAAUAGCAGAGGAAGUGUUUUUUGGAAGAGAUAGAUUAACUGAUGAGCGCAUUCAAGGCGCACAGAAUGCCAUGUCAAAUGCUGGGUCUGCAAAAGAAAGUCUCAAAGGAUUCAUUUCCAAAAUAGAAGACUGGCACAGAAUGAUGAACUUUUUAGAGGUAGGUAACAUAUAA